AAAAACCGCCCGAUCGCACAGGAUUUAAAAAAAUCGUGGCAAGUCAUGUAUCCCUUCCAUCACUUAAUUCAAUUGAGUCAAAAUUCUCAAACACACCCAAAUUCCAAACCCUAGAAAGUCCCAUUUCCAUUUUCCAGAAUUUCCCUAAGUAUGUAAAAUCUGAACCACGAAAAUGGAGUCCCCAUCUUCAUCUUCAUCUUCUUCUUCUUCUACUCGUAGUGAGCAGUACAGGAACUGGCUGGAACUUCCGAGGGACGUGACGGCGUCGAUUCUGCAGAGACUGGGAGCAAUCGAGAUCCUGGAGAGCGCGCAGAAGGUGUGCAUGCAUUGGCGCAAUCUCUGCAAAGACCCCUCCAUGUGGCGCGCCAUCGACAUGCGCAAUCACGAGUACUGGGACCUCGAUCACCUCGAGAAGAUGUGCCGCCACGCCAUCGAUCGCAGCUCCGGUCAGUUGCGUGAUAUCAGCAUCGAGUACUUCGGCACUGAUGAUCUCCUCAAACACAUCACCCACAGUUCAAGUCAGCUUAGACGCCUUCGUCUUGUUUCUUGCUAUCACAUUAUGGAUGAGGGAUUGAAUGAAGCAGCUGCAAAACUUCCAUUAUUGGAGGAGCUGGAGAUUACAAUUUGUUUAUUUUCAAAAGAACCUCUGAUGGCUUUGGGGCGCUGUUGUCCUCUUUUGAAAUCAUUCAAAUUGAACCGGCAGGGGAUUAGAAGCGUUCACAUAGAGUGCGAUGAGGAGGCAGUUGCUGUUGCAGAGAGCAUGCCUGAAUUGCGCCACCUCCAGCUUUUUGGAAAUCAGCUGACAAAUGAUGGCUUGAAUGCCAUACUUAAUGGUUGUCCUCACCUUGAAUCACUUGACCUAAGGCGAUGUUUCAAUGUCAAUCUAUCUGGGGAUUUGGGAAAAAGAUGUGCUGAACGGAUUAAAAGCUUGCGGCGUCCCGAUGAUCCCACUGAUGACUAUGAAUUUGCUGCUGAAAUUGAUGAUGGUGGAUCUUUUGAUGAAGACGACCCAUCUGGUAUGUCGGACAUAGAUUACGUCUCUCUCUCUGAGGGUUAUGGGCAUUAUGAAUUCUCAGGGGAAAGCGAUUUAUCCUAUGAUGAUUUCUCUGACUAUGAUUUUUAUGACUUCGGAGAUUACUAUUUUGGCUAAGUCCUUUUGGUCCUUUUGUAAAGUGCGUCUAAAAAAAAUGACUUGUGUGCUCCUGUAUUUGUGUAUUUGUCUACCGAUAUUUUUUAUAGUUAAUAAUCUAAUUAAUAUAUCCUACCCAUGCAAAUGCCGUCCA